CUUUCUCUUUCCCUUUGCUAAUUACUAUCUCAUCCAAAAGCAAAGCUUGCCAAACAAGAACCAUUUUCUUAAACACAAAUCUUAUUACACAGCCAAAAGUAGGUGAAAAGCAACCACUAUUACCUAAUCUUACAUUUAUAGAGAGAGAAAAUAAAGAUGGUAACAGAUGUUUGUUGCUUUUUUGUGGGUUUUUCUUCUUCAUCAUUAUCAUCAAUAUCAUCAACAAUCUCUUCAAUUUGAAACGCUUCUACUCGAUUAGAUCUUGCCGACCUUUUCCUCGAUCUGGGUCUCGACUCUCUACUCUGCGGGAUGCUUAUCGAUACCCACUUGUCAGAUGUUUGAUUCUUUUACCAUCAAUGUUUUUUAAGAAUGUCUGCUUCAUUGGCGGCGUUCGAGCGUCCCCGAAUUGGAGCUACAAACACGGUUUUUAAAAGCGGGCCGUUGUUCAUAUCUUCAAAAGGGUUAGGUUGGAAAUCAUGGAAGAAGCGUUGGUUUAUUCUCACACGCACUUCUUUAGUGUUCUUUAAAAAUGAUCCCAGUGCAAUUCCUCAGAGAGGUGGCGAAGUCAAUCUGACUUUGGGGGGUAUUGACUUGAACAAUUCUGGAAGUGUUGUUGUUAGAGAAGACAAAAAGCUGUUAACUGUUUUGUUUCCUGAUGGACGUGAUGGACGUGCAUUUACUCUCAAGGCUGAGACAUCAGAGGAUUUGUUUGAAUGGAAGACAGCUUUGGAACAUGCUCUUGCUCAAGCACCAAGUGCAGCCCUUGUAAUGGGACAUAAUGGGAUCUUUCGCAAUGAUACUACUGAUUCAAUUGAAGGACCCUUUCAUCAAUGGAGGGACAAACGACCAAUCAAAUCUUUGGUUGUUGGACGUCCAAUAUUGUUAGCUCUGGAAGACAUAGAUGGAGGCCCAUCUUUUCUUGAAAAAGCUCUUAGAUUUCUUGAGAAACAUGGAACCAAAGUAGAAGGAAUCUUGAGACAAGCUGCAGAUGUUGAGGAAGUUGAUAAGAGAGUUCAGGAGUAUGAAACAGGCAAGACUGAAUUUGGUUCUGAUGAAGAUGCUCAUGUUGUUGGUGACUGUGUCAAGCAUGUUCUUCGAGAGCUACCCUCAUCCCCUGUUCCUGCAUCCUGCUGCACUGCUUUACUGGAAGCUCAUAGAAUUGACCGGAAGGAAGCUCGAGUAAAUGCCAUGCGUGCAGCAAUCUUGGAAACAUUCCCUGAACCAAACAGACGUUUGUUACAAAGAAUCUUGAAGAUGAUGCACACUGUUUCUCUGCAUACUUUUGAAAACCGAAUGACUCCAUCAGCAGUUGCUGCUUGUAUGGCACCAUUACUGUUACGCCCUCUUUUAGCUGGUGAAUGUGAAUUGGAGGAUGAUGAUUUUGAUAAUAAUAAUAAUAAUGGUGACAAUUCUGCACAGCUGCUUGCUGCUGCAAAUGCUGCUAAUAAUGCUCAAGCUAUAAUUACAACUCUACUUGAGGAGUAUGACAAUAUCUUUGAUGAUGACACUAUGCUGAAAUGUUCAAUGUCAGUAGAUUCUCGAAUGGACAAUAGUGCAAGUGAAGAUUCAAUGGAUGAUGAAAACAUGGAAUCCAAAAGCAAUGGUUACCAUGAUGCAGAAAAUGAAGCUGAUCAAGAAACCGAUGAGGAUCAGGAUCCUGAACGUGUUCUCAGUGGAAAGUUGAGUGAAAGCAGUGGUUAUGCUUGCAGUGAUCUCUAUGACUUUAAGGUAUAUGGAGCUGAUGAAUCAGAUGUUGUAUCAUCCCCAAGGAGCAAUGUUAAGCCACCACCAAAUUCUAAUUUAUUGGACUCUCAAGGUUGUAAUAAGAAACAUAAUGAAAUGGAGACACCUGGCAUGUUGUCAAGAAGUGAGUCUCAUCGGUCAGUUGGAACAAUGCUUUCUGCUAUAGAUCAAGGAUUAUCUCAGCCUUUUGUGGGUCCCAAAUCAUGCAAUGAGACCCCAAUUAGCAAAUUUUCAGGCUCUAAUAGUAAUAAUAGUAAUGCCAAGCGUUCCACAUUUUGGGGAAGGAAUAAUAAUGGAAGAAAGACUCCAUCAAUGGAAUCGGUUGAUUCUUCAGGAGAAGAAGAACUUGCUAUUCAAAGGCUUGAGCUUACGAAAAACGACUUGCGCCAAAGAAUCGCAAAGGAGGCUAGAGGGAAUGCAAUACUUCAAGCUAGCCUUGAAAGAAGGAAACAAGCACUUCAUGAACGUCGAUUAGCACUUGAACAAGAUGUUUCAAGGCUUCAGGAACAAUUACAAGCUGAAAGGGAUUUAAGGGCUGCAUUAGAAGUGGGGUUAAGCAUGUCUUCUGGACAGGUGUCAGGAUCCCGUCCUAUGGAUUCAAAGACACGAGCUGAACUUGAGGAGAUUGCUCUUGCUGAAGCUGACGUGGCAAGAUUGAAGCAAAAAGUUGCUGAAUUACAUCAUCAGCUGAAUCAGCAAGGCCAGCAUCAUUAUGGCUCUCUCUUAGAUAAAGAUAAUUCUCACCAAUUCCAACAUCUCCAUAACCAUAAUCAUAAUCCUCCACAGAGAUUUUUUCAACAAGAUUUUGAUACUACACUUGCUUAUAUCAACCAUGAAAGAAAACAAAGAACGGAGGAAAAUUCAUUGGGAACAGAGAUGAGAAACAUCAAAGGACAACAAUUAACAUCAGGAAACAGUAAUAAUAGGCAACCUUCAAGAAAGCAGUUGAUAGACUCCACAAGCUUGAGUGACUCUAAAACUACAGAGGCUUCUACAAGUCUAUCUGUGGAUGAUUUUGGAGCCGUUGAUUCUGCCACCAUGAUUCCAUCUUCAUCCAGACCACCCGAGGUGGUUGAGUAUCCCAGACACCAAUCAGCCGCCUCUUCCACUUUGGUGGAAUUAACAACCCGCCUUGAUUUCUUCAAAGAACGGCGCUCUCAACUUAUGGAACAACUUCACAACCUCGAUUUAAAUUACGGGACUUCCUCCCAAGAUUUUAUGUAUAAACAAUCCUCCCCUCGCUGAGCUGGCAUUUCUCCAUUUGUAUAUUCCUUGGGUUUUUUUUGUGGAGUGUAGAUACUUCUGUAGUCUCAUUUUGGAAUUUUCGUUUUUUGUAUUCUGUUUUGUUAUUAUUUGGUGUCCAGAAAAAAAAGUACACUACAAAAAAUGAUUUGUUUUGUCAGAGGUGUAGCGGGUAUCGUAGUAUAUCUGUUUAUCAUAAAGUAUUAUUAUAAUUAUUAUUAUUAUUAUGUGAUGUAAUCGGUAAUUUUCUAUUCGAGGAUGUAAUGAUUGUUGAGUAUUUUGUGACACAAUCACUUUGUCUAUUGAUGUUUUAUG